AUGUCUCAGUCGCAGCCCAUCGGUGAGGUUGCCCCUCCUUCCGCUGCCACCAACGCCGUCCUAAUGGCCUCGGAACCCGUGCCCGAGGGGACUCACCAAGUGGAAGGAGUGGAUUUUGAGAAGUACAAGGGCCGCGAUAUCACGGUCGCAGAGAUGGUGGACAAUAUGAAGUAUAUGGGGUUCCAGGGGAGUGCAGUUGCGGAGGCUACUGGGAUCAUCAAUGAUAUGCGAGCAUAUCGAGACCCCGAGACCGGCGCAAAGACCACCAUUUUCCUGGGAUACACGUCUAACCUGAUUUCCUCUGGUUUACGCGAUACCAUCCGUUACCUCGUCCGCAACCGCCAUGUUUCCGCCAUCGUCACGACCGCCGGUGGUGUCGAGGAGGACCUAAUUAAGUGUCUGGCCCCGACCUACAUGGGAUCAUUCACCGCGCCGGGGGCCGGUUUGCGUGCCAAAGGAUUGAACCGAAUCGGUAACCUGUUGGUCCCGAAUAGCAACUACUGUGCGUUUGAAGACUGGUUGGUCCCCAUUCUGGAUAAAAUGUUGGAGGAACAGGAGGCCGCCAAAAAGAAGGCCCUGCAGACGGGCAACGAGGAGGACGAGUUGCACUGGACCCCGAGUCGCAUCAUCAAAAGGCUGGGUCAGGAGAUCAACCACAAGGACUCUGUGCUCUACUGGGCCGCCCAGAACGACAUCCCCAUCUUUUGUCCGGCCCUCACCGACGGCUCUCUCGGAGACAUGUUAUACUUCCACACCUUCCGUUCCUCUCCGCAGCGGCUCCGGGUUGACAUCGUGGAUGACGUGCGGCGUAUCAACACCAUGGCCGUCCGGGCCGCUCGUGCGGGGAUGAUCAUUCUCGGCGGCGGAGUGAUCAAACACCACAUUGCCAAUGCCUGCUUGAUGCGAAACGGAGCGGAACACGCCGUGUACGUGAACACCGCUCAGGAGUUCGAUGGAAGCGAUGCGGGAGCUCGACCCGACGAAGCCAUCAGCUGGGGAAAGAUCAAGGCGGGCGCCAAGUCGGUCAAGGUGUAUGCAGAAGCCACCGUUGUCUUUCCCUUGAUGGUCGCAGCUUCCUUUGCGCGGGCUGAUCAGGACGCCUCGACUGGGGACGACGUUUCUCGCAACUGA